UCUUUGAGCCAGCUAAUCGCCAUGAGCGGCAUGAGCGUUCAGGGCAGUCAGCAGGCCAUGGCUGCGGCGCUCUUCGAGUCCGUAGAGACGGACGUGAGCUCGCGGACCAUCCGCAUGACCAACUUCCCGGCCAACUGGCAAAACCUCACGGAGGCGCAGCUGGUUACAAAGGUCAACGCCUUGCUGCAGACCCAAGGGGCUUUGGAGCAGCCGGCUUCCGCCAUGCGGUCUCAGAACCAGCUCAUGGCCACUGCGACUUUCCGGGACCGAAGCAGCGCCGAGAAGGCGGUGAAGACGCUGCACGGUGUGGACAACCGAACGGAAGCAGAAAAGCGGCGCAUGGGGCAUGCGGCGGCGCGGGACAUCGACAAGUUCGCUGUGUACUUGCUGGCAGGAGGUGCUGCAGAGCCGGAGGUAGAGGGCGACGGGGUGCCGAUGCUGAUCUGCGUGGACGAGCUGCGGCAGAGCGAUGGGGCCGCGGUGCCUUCGGCGCGGGAGGUCUUUCUCCAGGAUUUGCCGGUUGAGGACUACGACGAGUCUCAGCUGCGUGACUGGCUGCGAGGCUUUGGACAGCCAGAGCAGGCCUUCUUUUUGAAAGACCCGGACAGCAAGCAGCUCACCGGCAAGGGCUACGUUCGCUUCACUCAGCACGAUGAGGCGGUGGGCUUGCUUGCAGCUGUCACAGAGGAUGACGAAGAAGGCCCUGGGGUGCAGGGAAGCUGGUCGCUCUCCGAGAGGCUUUGCGCUCGCCCGGGCUUGGCGGAAGCGCUCCAAGCGCGCGCGGAGCCCAUCGCCAUGGCCUGCGACUUCGCAAGGCUGCAGGUGGCCGGGGGCGGGCUCCGAGCUCUGGGCGCCUGGGCGCUGCCGGCGGCGGGGCCGCUGGGCUUCGCGCUCUUUGGGGAGGGGAAUCUGGAGAAGCUGAAGGCGCGGUUGUCUGAGCUGCUGGAGGAGGCAAUCUCCAACCCCUCGGCGUUUACCACGCCCAGCGCCGACAGCUUCAUUCCCACCGACUGCAUCCUGGUGAGAGGCUUUCCCAAGAGCUGGCGGGAGCAGCAGGUGCGGCUGGUCUUCGCGCUCUUCGGGGGCGUGGGCACGGUGCGCUUCGUCGCGGAGUCCGGGAAGCGCAUGGCCUACGUGAAGCUGAAGAACCGCGAGAACAUGCCCAAGGCAGUGGAGCAGCUGCACAACACCAAAGUGGGCGACGGGGAGUUGAUCGAGGAGUGCAUUGUCACUUGCGAGCUCUUCGGAGACGUGGGCGACAGCAGGCCGUUGCGUCGGACGAUCUUCCUCGAUGAGCUGAAGUUGCCCAAGAGGCCCGAGAUCAAGGUGGAGGCCGAGGACCGCGAGGUCUUCAUGAAGGGCUUGCCCAUCAAGGACUUCACGGAGGAGCAGCUGCGGCAGUGGCUCGAGGGCUUCGGCACCAUCGAGGAGGUGUCCCUGCUACGCGACGCUGACCGGAAGCUCAGCGCCAAGGGCUACGUGCGCUUCGCCUCCCACCGCCAUGCGGAGAGCUGCAUCCAGGCGCAGGCGUCUGAACAGGACGCCGAGGAGGGGGACGUGAUCGCCUGGUGGUCGGAAUCUGAACGCGCUAUGCGCAAUGCCUAUGGGCCCAACCUGCACACUGCGCUGGCCAGCAAUGAUGGGCGAGUCUUUACCUACUUGCUGGAGAAGUGCGAGGUGCGGGAUGUAUGGAUGCAGAGUCGGCUUUGGCCGCCCAAGGACCCGUCCGCCCCUGCCUUGCAGGGAAAGCAGGUCCACUUUGUGGCCACCUGCACUGCGAAGCAGCUGCAGGGCUUGCACGCGGCACUCUCUGCGGCUAUGCAGGCCUUCUACGAUCGCCGCCUCGAGAAGAUGGAAGAGAUGCGGGAAGCCAAUGGGGGAAGCAGCAGCAGCCGCCUCCCAGAGCCUCGUCCUGCUUGGUCCACGCCGACGCAAAGCUGGUCGCUGGCUCCGGGGGCACUGCGGCCGCCUUACUGGGCUGCUGGCCCAUAUGGUUACCGGGACCCAUAUGGGGCGCAACCGCCAGGACCUCCAAUGCCUUGGGGCUGGCGAGGCCCGCCCCCGCCGGGCUUUGGGCCUCCAGUUCCAGGCCCCCCGGGCCUUCCGGGACCCGGGCCCCCUGGCCCGCAGCCGGGCCCACCGCCGCCGCCGCCGGAGCGGAGGCGCUCACGGAGCAGGGCCAGAAGAAGACAUCGCGAGCGGUCCAUGGGCUCUGCCGCGGAGGCGAUGGCCGAUGUUGGUGAGGCCACCCGCGACCCGAAGCUCAAAGAGCUCAUCCUGAAGGGUGAGGAGCUGGUGCAGAGCGGCAAGGCGCUCAAAGAGAGAGGCGACCCUCGCGGAGCCUACGAGAAGUUCUACCAGGGGCUGCAGUAUUUGCUGAAGGUGAUGCCUGGCUUAGGCGAAGCCAACUCCCCGGCGGUGCUGGCGCUCAAGGCGAACAUCCACGGCUACUUGGAUGAGACCGAGAAGCUGAAAAUGGCCUUGGAUUCUGGCCAGGCUCACCAAGCUCCACUGCCUGCCUUGGAAGAUCAGGAAGAGCUCAGCAUUGAGCGGCGCAUUGAGCGCGGGGAGGCCUUGAUGCUGGCGGGCCAGCGCUUGGCGCGAAGCAGCAAGCUGGGGGAGGCCUACGACAAAUACUGCGCGGGCUUGAAACUCCUGCUGGAGGUGAUGCCGCAACUGCGGGAGGAGGAUGCUCAAGCUUCGCGACUGAGAUCAAAGAUCAGUGGAUAUCUUGAGGAGGCAGAGCGACUGAAAGAAAGAAGAGACAGAGUGGCAGAGGGCGCUGCGGAGAAUGGUGAGGCGUCGAAGGCCUCGAGGCCGCGGCGGAGGCGGAGGCGCUCGGAGCGAGGCGACGCGCCUCCCAGAAGUCGCACGCCCAGCGAAGCCGUGGAAGGCUCUGAUAGACACAGGAGACCGUCAGGGCCGGCAUACGCGGUGCUGGAAUUCAUGGCACGCCAUUCUGAGCGACCCAGAAGGACUCGGCGCUUCCGCCUGCGCACCGCGGCAGAAGUGGAGAGCAGAGAAGGCGGGCGGAGGGGCUGUCACCGGCUCCUGCUCCGCCGGGAGACUGGCAAGGUCGCAGCCCUCCGCGAGACGUGUCGCCCAGGGCCUCUCGCAGUUCCAGACGGCAGGGUCGGCGCAGAGAGGAAGAAGAGACGUGCCGUCCCAAGUCGGCGCUGAGAGCCCCGCUGCUGCGGCGGAAGAGUGCGGCGAAGCCGAAUCGCUACUGACGAGAGGGAGCUUGGGAGUUUGAUGCUCAUCUUGGAUCUCGGAUCUCUCGAUCAGUUCCCGAAAUGGGGCAAGGCGCGUUCGACGGAGCGCAUUUUCGCUGUCUUGGCGCAGGACCGGCAGAAAGUAGGACUUCGGAAGGGGUUCCCCAGCGCGGUCUGUCCAGC